GGUGGAACAAGUCAAUGCAUCAAGUGGACAUUCCGAUUAUGUAAGUAAGCGAUAGUGCUUGGGACGCGUUCGUGGAGACAGGGUCCUCCCUAGUACUUACCUACCACCACCACCGCUGCGAGCUCGCAAUCCUGACAGCCAUGUCUGAGCAGGAGAGAAAAGAGAUCAACGCCUUCAUCUCUUUUUUUGCGACUUUCAACCUAGCGCGGCCAGUCACUACCGUUGCCGACCUUAGCGAUGGCGCCGCGCUCUUCGAUGUCCUCGCUCUGGUAGACGCAGAUUACUUCAGACAGUUCAGCAGGUCCUCCGCACAGCUCUCCGACAACUGGGUUCUCCGAUUCAGCGCACUCAAGCGUCUCUACCGACUCCUUACGCAGUACUUCGCUGAAGUCCUGCAGAAACCUACCAGCGGACUCGAAGUCCCAGAUUUGCAGGCAAUUGCGAAGGACCGUCAUGUCGGCGCGACGCUCAUCAUGUGCCGGAUAACGAUCGCGAUUGCGGUGCAGUGCGAGCAGAACAAGGAGAUUAUUGAUCGGAUUCAGAAGUUGAGUGAGGAGGAUCAGCAUUUUUUGAUGAAGGCUAUUGAGCAGGUCAUGGUCAAGAUCAGUGCUUCUCAAGGGGAUAUCGGUGUCGGAGAAGCCAGCAUGACAGAAGACGACCAUUACUACCUUAUACAAUCAGAAAGAAGCCAGAUCCUCUCAGAGAAGGAGACUGUAGAGAAGGUCUACCAGACGCUUCUCGAAGAGCACAGAACGCUACAAACCAAUUACGAUGAUGCGGUCUCCGAAAAGGACGAUGCACUGACACGGUUACGAGAAGCUCAAAGGGAGAUCGAGAGCAGACGCAAUGACAAUGCUUACGGGAUGAUGCGGGCCGAGAUUGAGCGCCUUCGGACUGAGCUCCAAAAGAGCGAAGAUAACCUUGCCAUGGCGGAGGCCGAGCUUGACAAACACACGUCGCUGGUGACUGACCUUACACGGCGAAUCGACGAGUUGCAGGUCAAAGCUGACGAGGCUGCGCGCCUCAAAGACCAAUUAGACGAGUAUCGACAUGCAGCCGACAAACUACAGAAGACCGAGAACGUCAUGGAGAAGUAUAAGAAGAAACUCCAGGAGGGUGCUGACUUACGACAACACGUCAAGUCGCUGGAGAAACAAAAUGCCAAUCUCGUCGACAAGAAUGCAGCGCUCGAGGAGGACUACCGCAAGGUCGCCGCGUUCAAACCACUCAUGGAGUCUUACAAGAACCAGAUCGCCGAACUUGAAGGAAAGGUUUCAACACGGUCACAAGAGGUCGAGACAGUGAAGUUUGAGUUGGAACAAACCCGUACGAAGUUGAAGAUCACUUCUGAGGAGCGCAAGAAGGACACCGAGAUGUUGGAGUUGUACCAGGAGCGCAUGCGCGAGAUGGAACUAACUUCGCAUCGGGCACCUACCACGUUAAAGACCGAGACACAGUCUACAGAGCAUACAGGGAACAACGAUGAGCUCACCGAGGAAGAGCUUAUGGGCGACUCAUUUGGUCUUGAUGGAGAGCUGGAUGACGCCAUCACAGGAACGACGAUGACAGAUUUGAAGCUGCAGGUGAAAAAGUUGCAGCGGGAGUUAACAUCCGUCAAGAAGAACGAAGCGGAUGCCAGCCGUAUACUAGUCCUCGAGAACCUGCUAGAGGACGCUAAUAGGAUGAAGGCACGGUACGAAGCAGAUUAUAUGACUGCCCAUCGAGAAAAACUGGUGUUACAACGCGACCUCGAAGAAAUCCGGAGUGGUAAAGCGCUAGGUGACGGGCCGGAAGCUGCAAUCGCGCUACGACAACGUCUUAACGAGACAGUGGAUCAAUUGGAUUCUUUACGGAAAGAGCACGCCGAACUGGAAGUCGCCUUCGAGACGCAGAAGAGGGAGCUGACAAUUACGAAAUCAGAUCUGAACCUUGUAAACAAAGACCAACUCGACAUUCUUGCAUCAUUGCGAGAAUCCCUCAACGAAGACAAGGCGGGGAUGGAAGCUGACGUGACUCGCUUGAAGAACCAGAUUAGGGAGCUAAGCGAGAAGAAUAAGAUGCAACUGGAGCAGGUUAAUGCGCUCUUGCUAGAGAAGGUGAACCUGCAAAGCCAAGGUAUUGGUCAGAGGGAGAAGAUGCUUCAGCGUGAGCGAGACUUUGGUGACCUGCGAGCAUCCCUGUCUGGCAAAGACGUACCAGAAGACAUCAAGUCAAGGUUACUGACAUUGCACGAAGAUAAUGUGGUCGUCAAGGAGCAAUUGAAAACUGCCCAAGAUAAGCUUGCUAAGGCACGGCAGUUUAUCAAGUCUCAGGACAAACUUUUCAAGGAAGAGCAAGCCAAACUCGCCGGCCGUUCGACGUCAUCUUUCGAAGAGGCCGAGGGCAGCUUCCAGACUCAAAUCAAAGAUUUGAAGGAGGAAGUUCAACGCGAGAGGGCACUGCGUCUCGACGCCGAGAAGCAAUAUCGCAAAGAGUUCGCGCUAAUGUCCAGCUGCGUGCUCAACAGCGGCAUGGCCAAGCUUCGAAACUCAUCGAAUCCGUCGAAAGGCAAGCCUGCUCCUACUGCAUGGCUUCCGCGACAACGAAAUGCACUUGGAUCUGGACUUCAGCGGUAGUCCAGGGUCGGUCUUCAUUAUGAUUGCCCAUACAUAUGUUUGCACUAAUUCAGAGGACUCAUGGAGAUACCCCAGUACACUAGUUACCACCUGUUCCUUCUUUCACAAAUAAUAGUGUCAUUUCUCACUAUGCAUCUGCGUAGAUUAUCAUCCAGAGACAUUGUUACUUAG